AUGGCGGCGGCAGGAGAAGAACGCUACGAUGAAUCCUCAGGCUCAGAGUCUGAACAUGAUGAGCCGGAGUUAAAUGAGGCAGAGGAACCUGAAGAAAACCCAUGCCCUCAUCUGAAGGCUAUGUUCGAGUUUGCAGGAGUAAAUAAGAAAAACGCGGACACAGACAAGAAAAAGUAA